AUGAGCGAUCAACACAACGAUAUAGCCGUACAGGCCACCAAUAACGAUGCUGCCGAAGGUAAAGCAUCGGCAGUUGCUCUCGGUUACUAUGACGACGCUUUCAUCCAAUCAUUCUCCGCCAGAAAGCGAUCGAGUGGACAGAUGCAGCGGAAAGCACCCGUCAUCAACCG